UCUCCCGAUCUGCGCUUGCGCAUGGGAGGAAGGCGCUCUCCGGAAGGACGCCUGGGACACUGCGUGUGCGCAGACGCAGAGCUACCUCUAGGCGGAACUGGGGCGUCCCGGGCUUCGGUAACUCAAACACCCGGUGUGAAAGGAAGGUGGCAGCCGUGGGGCGGUGCGCGUGCGCGGGCGGCUCUCCGCGGUGAAAGGUUGAAAGUCGGACCCCUGCGGCCAGCUGGGCUUGGAGCGGAGCAGGGUCAGGAUGGACGAGGACGUGCUGACUACGCUGAAGAUCCUCAUCAUCGGCGAGAGUGGGGUGGGCAAGUCCAGCCUGCUCUUGAGGUUCACAGAUGAUACUUUUGAUCCAGAACUUGCAGCAACAAUAGGUGUUGACUUUAAAGUGAAAACAAUUUCAGUGGAUGGAAAUAAGGCUAAACUUGCAAUAUGGGAUACUGCUGGUCAAGAGAGGUUUAGAACAUUAACUCCCAGCUAUUAUAGAGGUGCACAGGGUGUUAUAUUAGUUUAUGAUGUCACAAGAAGAGACACCUUUGUUAAACUGGAUAAUUGGUUAAAUGAAUUGGAAACAUACUGUACAAGAAAUGACAUAGUAAACAUGCUAGUUGGAAAUAAAAUUGAUAAGAGGCAAGUGCAAAAACCUGUGAUGGUGUACAAUGUGCCUUUGAGGAACUUGUUGAAAAGAUCAUUCAGACGCCUGGACUGUGGGAAAGUGAGAACCAGAAUAAAGGAGUCAAACUGUCACACAGGGAAGAAGGUCAUGGAGGAGGAGCCUGUGGUGGUUAUUGUUCUGUCUUAUAAACUCUGGGAAAUUCUAUCUCUUGCAUAUUCGAUCAGAUAAUGACAUCUUUCUGUAUAUAAACUCUUUAACUGCUAUUUUAGGGACCUUGCAGUUUGCACAUAAUUGUUUUGUAUCAUGGCAGUAAAUAUUUGCAAGAAAUCCCAGUCAUCAGCUUUCCCAGGUAAAAUGUUAUGGUAAGCAUGCACAGUUUGCAGUCUAUAGUUUUUUAUGUAACAUAAAAUAAGUGUACCUUUAUAAGUACAUCUGAUUUUAUGAUUUACAUUUAUCAUGUAAUUAAAAAAAAUCUCAUCUAUUUAGCAUAUGUUGAUAUAAGGUCUACUUUUGGUCUCUUUUUGCUUAAAUACUCCUAUCAAUUAUUGAAUUACCUGAUGUGUAGAACUCCUAGAACCACAGGAGGUAUACAGGUAUCAUCAAACCUGGCAAAUUUCCUUUCAGGAAUAGCAAAAAGCAUGAUUCCAUAGCUUUCUAGGGUGUUUGAGUCUCUUUUAGUACUAAGCAAAAUCUUCAUUACAGAAUGUAGCCCAGACCAAUUUAUAAUUAAAUCUCUGUUUGUUCUGAUGAUGCUUCUAAAAUAGCAUUGGUAUGUUAAAGAAGGUUGGUAUUACUUUUUAGUUUACUUCAAUGUUUAUCUCAGUUGCUUAACUGGAGUUUUAAUCCUGUGAUAUGUACAUUGGAUUAAUGACCCUUUGUGCAGCAUUUUUAGUUAAGUGGUGUUUGGCUAAAUGGUAAUAAGGUUUUACCCCAUUUUAGUUUCACAAGGAUAUAAACAGUGUUUAUUGUAACUCCUGUAGUGCUUUCCACUUUUAAAACCAACAACUUUUUUCAUAAAUGUUGAUAGUGUUUGUCCAGGUACUUCAAUUGUAGCUUGUGUACUUGUGUAAUGUUUAUGAAUAUCUGUAUCUUAUGGCUUCCAUAAAUGGCUAGUUGAUAUUCAAAAAUCUAUUUCUGUGUUUUGAGGGAUGGGGGAAAAACACUAAAUGACAAUUUGAGAAAGGCAUAUUGCUUCCAGAUUCUGAUGUGUGUGGGAAGAUAUGUACUGUUGCAAUUAAAAUCUUGAUAAUUUUCUGUUAACAAGUAACUAAUAGUUUAUCAAAACCAACUUGUACAGACUAAUAAAUCUUUUCCACAGUAUUCAGUUUUCUAACCUCUUGCUAUUGUACAUUAUAUAUUUUUUCAUUCAUAUGUUAUUUAAUUGACAUUGACCUCUGCUAUGUUAAGCCCCCAAAUAAGUAAUUUGUUCUUUAAGCCUGAUCACUGUAAUACUACUUUGUAAGAUUCUAAUAUUAAUUUCUGGGCAAUUUAUUCUCUAAAUACAGUUGCAAAAGAAUAACAUUUUUGUGGGUUAUCUUUACAAUAUGUGUGUUAAUGGAUUUAUUCAAGUUGGGUUCUUUCUGAAAUGUACAUUGUCACAUAUGAAAACGUCACAUUUUACUUGGUUUACACUUUUUAGUCUACAUGUGAUUAAAGGUUUCAUACAUUCUGUAUGUUUUUACUAAAUAUAAAACAUUUGCUACUCUUAUAUUGGAGAAAGGUAGCCAACACGUACUUAUGAUUUGUUCAUGUUACAUUAAAACUUUAGGUUUGUGUAUUUAUGUAGAGUCUGUAUUGACAAGACUUUUAUGUUUAUUGCUUUUUGCUCCUUGAUCUAUAUAAUAAUCUUUCUGUGCAUUGGAUUGUUGUCUUGAUUUGGUCAGAAUUUGGAUAUAUAUGAAUCACUUGAAUAUAACCUUUAAAAAUUAAUUUUGCUUCAUAGAUUUAUAUUGUAACCCUUUAUAGUUUUUGAAUAAAUAUAGCCUGCUUUCUUUA